AGGAAAUGUCAAAACUAGAGCCAAUCGAACCAGACCAAAUCACCGCGGACAUCCGACACCUUCAGUGCCCGAUUGUGAAGGAAACUUCCCGCCGGUUAACCGCUCUACGACAGGAUGAGACCUUCUACCGGACACAUGUGAUAAGCACAGUGCAACAUCGGCAGUUUCACAAACUUCUCAAAACGAUCCUGCUCAUCAUCGGCUCGAUAAUGGUGUACAACGUUGUCUUCGGGAUCACCAAUAGUGGCUGCUGCCUGGAAGAGCCCUCGUGGUGGGCGGUCAAAGUCGGAAGUUGGUUGGGCUUUAAGGACCGAAUCUAUUACUAGCCUAGCUGAAGAGGCGAUUAAUCUCACUCUUCUCGAAUAAGCCCAUAAAUCAAGCUCGCUGGCAACCCUUCUCUAGUAAAGAUGAA